UAUAGCGAAGAAUCUGAAUCAGGAAUGAAUACAGACAUUCCAGUUGUUGUCAUUAAGAAAUUGUACGAUAAGAAAUAAAAAUUUAAAUGAAAAAAAUAAACUUCUUGGUUGUUUCCUAAAAUAACAAUAAUGCUUUGAAUCUGACAGUCAAAAACCGAAUUCGUCAAAGCCACGUUUGUUGGCUAAAUUAGCAAAUUACUAAGAAAGACAUGCCAAAAGGAAUUUAAUAUUAGUUAGGAAUGUCACCAAACAAUAAGCAAGAUAGCCACAAUGAUCAAGUUACACCUCCACGUAGUCCAUCAAGCGGUAGAUCAUCCUAUAGGCGCUUGAAUGACGAAGAGCGCCAACGACAACAAGAUAUCGAUUCAGUAAUGCAGCUUUCGAGAGCUAGAGCUGGCUCUUAUAUACAGCAAACGCCUUCUUAUUCUAAGAGACCGCGGAAUGAGACACUACUAAAUGCAGAUCCUCAAGAGGAUGAUCCUGGCUUAUCUCCAAAUACAGAUAAACCACAAUUUUUAUUCCCAUUGUCGUCGGAUGAGGAAGCGCAGAUCGAAUUAGCAAAGCAUGGUGGUAGUUUGGACCUCGAUAAUCAAGAUUUGAAUGAAAAAUUAAGCCCACAUUCAUCCGAUGUCGCAAUCGAGCAACCCCAAAUACAUCCACCGCCGUUGUCUGCUCAACCCUCAACAGAGUUGUUAAGUGCAGGUACCAGGUUGAAGCCAAACAAAUUUGAUUUUGCUUUGCUUGAUGCCUAUGUUGCCGCAGAGUCAACUGGUCUCGAAUUUUCGGAAAAAGAUCACUCUGGACUAACUCCUCCUUCAACUCCAAAGCAGCCGGAUGAUAACAAGAAACAAUCAGCGCAUCAACGUCAUUUGGCUAUAUUUGAUUCUUCUGGUGCUCCACCUCCUACUUUUCCAUCUGGUUCUUCACCACCUCCACCUCCUCUACCAGCUCCUUCAAACGAUCCCUAUAAUACAACUCCUAGACCUCAUUUGCCUCCACGCGUACCAACAACCACUGAAAAGGAGUAUAGAUUUAGUUUCUACUCAAACGCUCUACCUGCAACCGUACAUGCCAGAUCACUUGGGGAGCUACCAUCAGUCGGUCAAACGUUUAGACAGUUAUUUGAGGGUAAACCACAAGCAUCGUCCGCUACAUUAAGUGAUCCAACUGAUAGCAAUGCACUUGAAUUGAAUAUGGGUGGAAACAACGGUAAUGAAGAAUCUUUAGAUGACCCGGAGGCAAAUACUUGGUGGUUAGAUGUACUUUCACCAACUGAUUCAGAGAUGAGAACCUUGAGUAAGGUAUUUGGUAUCCACCCUCUCACAACAGAAGAUAUUCAAAUGGAGGAAGCACGUGAGAAGAUUGAACUCUUCAGAAAUUACUAUUUAGUUUGUUUCAGAUCCUUUGAUCAAGAUCCACAUAGUCCAACCUACUUGGAACCUCUGAAUAUGUACAUAAUCGUUUUCAGGGAAGGUACCUUAUCUUUCCACUUUAGAGCAACGCCACAUCCACAUAAUGUUCGUCGAAGAAUAAAGCAGUUACGUGAUUAUAUCAAUGUCACCUCUGAUUGGAUAUCAUACGCUUUAAUCGAUGAUAUAACGGACGCUUUCGCUCCUUUAAUUCAAUCCAUAGAAUUUGAGGUAGACACAAUAGAUGAGCUAGUAUUGAUUCUCAAAGAAAAUGAACAAUCAGACAUGUUACGUAGGAUAGGAACUUGUCGCAAAAAGGUCAUGGGUUUACUUAGGUUAAUGGGAAACAAAGCAGAUGUCGUUAAAGGUUUAGCUAAACGUUGCAAUGAGAAUUGGACUGUGGCACCAAAAUCUGAUAUUGGUUUGUAUUUGAGCGAUAUUCAAGAUCACUUGAUUACCAUGACGCAGAACUUGAAUCAUUAUGAAAAGAUUUUGAGUAGAUCACACUCUAAUUAUCUUGCUCAAAUUAGUAUUGAAAUGACCGAGGCCAAUAACCAAAUUAACAAUGUAUUGUCCAAGUUAACAGCAUUAGGUACUGUUUUGGUCCCUAUCAAUAUUGUUUGUGGUUUAUGGGGAAUGAAUGUUAGCGUACCUGGUCAAAAUGCAGAGGGGCUUACUUGGUUCUUUUCAAUUCUCGGCAUACUCGUUGCAGUUUGUAUUGCAUGUGGUACUUUAACCUAUUGGCUCGCGCUCAAACCACCAAAACCGAAGCAUUAAUAGCUUAAAUGGAUUCUAUAGAACUUUGGCAUACUUAUUUAUUAAAUUUUAUGAUGCAUUUUUAAUAUUCACUA